AUGACGUACUGCAGCAUUGACCCCGACAAGGCGGCCUACAAAAUGUCCAAGGGCGAAAUGAUCUGCAAGGGAGAGGCCCAAGUUCGGACUGUGGUCGGCUACGUAUUGACGUUGCUGCAUUUGGCGAUUCUCAAUGAGGUUGCAUUUUGGUGGGAGCCUGGAACCCCGAGGACCGUCCAAUUGCACUUUUGGAAUGGCCACGAGUUGUUGGACACACAAGACUUGACCGACAUGGGCCUUUUGGCAUUGGCGGGUUUGGUUGUCACUUGGAUGAUCGCCUUGCCCCUCCAGUUCUUGGUCGCCAAGCCAACGGCGGCCAACACGGCCAUUGCCAAACAACCAUAAUUACUUGUUGGACGAGAGAGAGAGAGAAAGAGACAGCAUUUGCUGCCACAGAAACUAUCUCAUCACACUGGAACAGAAUGACGCCCAAGGAAACGUGUUUCUUUCAAGCAAGAGACUUGGAAGGAACAUGACCCGAGAGCUGACAUGUUCGAGUUUGACAUGGAUAGUGGCUGUACGGUACUAUCAAGGUGAUGUCUCUUCCGAUAUUUAUUUCCCGCAAGUACAUAAUGUAGAUACAUGCGCUGGUAGUAUGUUUUUGCUUGCAGAACCAGAGCAUUUUGCAUGGACAAAGUCACUCUGACUCCUAUUCAAAUUACGUCU